AGUGGAGAGGUCUCUGUCGGAUUUGACAACCAGUGGGUUUGAAACGCUGCUCCUUAAUGUCAGCAUCCUAUUCGAUGCAUCCAAAAUAGCCUUAAGCUCAUUUCCAAAACAAAGGAAUAACCCGGUGGUUGCUCGUCAGUUCACCGAGGAAGCCCACAGCAACAUCUACAUUUGAGGAUCUCUGAAGUUUGUCAAGGUCCCUGGAUGCCCCGCGGCGCUCCCUCCUCGACCGCGCCGUGCGUCCCGAUGGCCGGCAGUUGACCCCGUCCCCCAGGAUGACGCUGCGCGAGCGGCUGAGAGAGAAGAUCUCGGCGGCUUUCUACCGCCACGGGCUGCUCUGCGCCUCCUACCCAGUUCCCAUCAUCCUCUUCACCUCCGCCAGCAUCCUCACCUGCUGCUAUCCGUUGUUGCGGCUCCCCCUGCCUGGGACGGGUCCCGUUGAGUUCACCACGGGGGGGCGAGACUACAGCGUCCCUUCCCAUGAGCCUCAGGGAGACCUCGGAGAGCGGCCCGACUGGUACCGGGGUCCUCCGGUGGCCUACAUCCAGCAGGUGUUGGUGAAGGCGGCGGUGUCUCCGUGGGACAGCAGCCUGGUGCCGGUGGACGUGUUUCGGUCUCCGCUGAGUCGAGCCUUCAGCCUGCUGGAGGAGAUCCGCAACCACGUGCACUCAGACGGCUCUGGGGUUCGUAGUCUGGAGUCGCUCUGUCUCCAGGUGACCGAUCUGUUUCCAGGGUUACGGCGGAUGCAGUCGGUGCUGCCGGAGCAUGGCUGUUUGCUCGUUUCCCCCGGCAACUACUGGCAGAACCAGCAGGAGCUGUUCGACUCGGACCCCGACCUCCUGAAGACGAUCCAGAAACACGAACCCAAAGGCCUCAGCACCUCGGCCACGCUGCGAGACCUGCUGUUUGGCGUCCCUGGGAAGUACACUGGGGUCAGUCACUACAACAGGAAGAGGGUGGUGACGUACACUAUCACUAUAGUGCUCUCCACCUACGAUGCAAGGUUCCUGGGCAGCCUGCGGUCCCGUCUGAAACAGCUCCACCCGUCAGCCAACUGCAGCCUGAGAGACGACCACAUGGUUCACGUUCAUUUCAAAGAGGAGAUUGGCAUCGCAGAGCUCAUCCCGCUCGUCACCACCUACAUCAUCCUGUUCGCCUACAUCUACUUCUCCACACGUAAGAUCGACAUGGUGAAGUCUAAGUGGGGUCUGGCUCUGGCUGCUGUGGUCACCGUGCUCAGCUCUCUGCUCAUGUCGGUGGGACUCUGCACGCUGUUUGGACUCACACCCACGCUCAAUGGAGGAGAGAUUUUCCCGUAUCUGGUGGUUGUGAUCGGCCUGGAGAACGUCCUGGUUCUCACCAAAUCUGUGGUGUCCACCCCUGUCGACCUUGAGGUCAAACUCCGCAUCGCUCAGGGCCUAAGUAAUGAGAGCUGGUCUAUCAUGAAGAACAUGGCCACUGAACUGUGCAUCAUCCUCAUUGGAUACUUCACUCUGGUGCCGGCUAUCCAGGAGUUCUGUCUGUUUGCUGUGGUGGGGCUGGUGUCCGACUUCUUCCUGCAGAUGUUCUUCUUCACCACGGUGUUAUCUAUAGACAUCCGACGCAUGGAGCUGGCUGAUUUGAACCGCCGCCUGCCAGCUGAAGCCGGUCUCCCGCCUCCCAAACCCGGCCCACUGCGUCCCCGUGAAGCUCCGCCCCCCCCACGGCCCUCCCCCCACACCAUCACCCUGCAGACCCCCGCCUUCAGGAACCUGCGGCUCCCCAAGAGGCUGAGGGUCGUCUACUUCCUGGCCCGAACCCGCCUGGCUCAGCGCAUCAUCAUGGUGGGCACGGUGAUCUGGAUCGGCAUCCUGGUCUACACGGACCCGGCUGGGAUCAGAACCUACCUGGCUGCUCAGGUGUCGGAGCAGAGCCCUCUGGGAGACCCCGGAGGAGGCGCUCUGCCCCCCCACCUGGGCGGGGCCCCUGUGUUUCGUGGAGUCGACCCCACCAGCACCCUCAGCAUCCACCCCGCUCCAGAUCCAACCCCCUUACCUGACAACCACUCACAGGGCCACCACGAUGGGGCUGGCAGGGCGGGGCCCCUCCCCCAGCCGCCCCCCCCCGCGGUGCCUCAGAUCACCUGGGGGCCCGAGGACCAGGAGGGCUGGAGGAGGCUCUCCUUCAGACACUGGCCCUCGCUCUUCAGCUACUACAACAUCACACUGGCCAAGAGGUACAUCAGCAUCCUGCCCGUCAUUCCCGUCACGGUUCACCUCAGCCCUCAGGAGGCCAUCGAGACGCGGCACCCUCAGGACACGAGGCACCCCCCCCCCUCCAUUCCCAAGGUCUCUGCAGACCUACAGACGGACCUCACCCUCUACAAGGUUGCGGCUCUGGGUCUGGCGGCGGGGGUCCUGCUGGUUCUGCUGCUCUUCUGUCUCUACCGGGUCCUCUGCCCGCGGAACUACGGCCAGAACGGGGUUUCUCACGGGCGCCGGCGCCGCGGGGAGCUGCCCUGCGACGACUACGGAUACUCGCCUCCCGUCAGCGAGAUCUCCCCGCUGCUGCUGAGGGGCCACAGCAUGGACAUCGAGUGUCUGGCCAGCGACGGGAUGCUUCUGGCCAGCUGCUGUCUGGCGGGUCAGAUCCGGGUCUGGGAUGCUCAGACUGGAGACUGUCUGACCGUCAUCCCACACCAGGGGUUGAAGCGCAGCAGCAGCAGCAGUGGCUUCUGGGAUCAGCGGGACGGCUGGGACGGUGUGGGCGGAGCCUCAGAGUUUGAGUGUUUGGGCUCCGACCCCCCCCUCAGCGACGGGCUCUCUGAGGAGGACGGCUUCCCUCUGAGACGCCGCUCCGCCCCCUCCCGUCCCACGCUGUUCACCGACCAGCCCGACCUCACGCCGCUCAUCGACACCAACUUCGCCUCCCAGCCCCCGUCCCACCUCUGCACCCCGCCCCCCUCCCACCUCUGCACCCCGCCCCGCGACGGCUUUGACUUCGGGGGUCUGGUGGAGCGCGCCUACAUCGAGCACGAGCCCCCCUCCCCCUCCACGUACCCCUCGGCCUCGUCCUCCCCGCCCUCAGGGGUCCCGCUCCAGAGGAGACUCAGCGGAGGGGACGCCUCUGCCUCGCUGACCCCAGAAAGAGGCUCCGCCGCGGGGACGCAGGCCACCGCCGACUGGGAGAGCUCCGUGUGGGCGCUGGAGCUCAGAGGAAACCUGAUCGCUGCAGGGAGGAGCAGCGGGAAGCUGGAGUUGUGGGAUGCAGUGGAGGGCUCGCUGCGCUGCGUUAAUGAAGACGGGGGCUCUGGAAUCACAGCACUGGCCUUCCUCAACAACAGGUGAGACUCAGAGGAAGUAAACUCUACUUCCUGUGGGGUGAGACUCAGAGGAAGUAAACUCUACUUCCUGUGGGGUGAGACACAGAGGAAAGUAAACUCUACUUCCUGUGGGGUGAGACACAGAGGAAGUAAACUCUACUUCCUGUGGG